CAUAAGAGGAGGAGAGAGCUCGCGCCGCCCCCCACUCCAAUCGUCAAAACCCUCGACGCCGCGGCGAUCCCCCGACCACCUCGCCGCCGGCGAUCUCUCCGCCUCCGCCUCCGCCUCCUUAUCCGGCAAGCUAUCUCGUGCUUUUCCAGGGUAUUAGGUUUGGGGGGGAGGAGAGUAAGUAGGAUAACCAGGUUGUGCAUGACUGCAUUAGCUUGCCUCGCCGGGAAAGCAAUUUCUUGGAGCAGUGGUGUCAAAGCAGCGGCUGGGUGUGGUCUCGGCUUGCUUCCGCAGUGGCGCGGCGUGUUCCGGAGCGUGAGAAUGGAGAGUGGGAGCUCUCAGGGUGGCCGUGGUGCCCUCAUAGUCCUGGAAGGGCUGGAUAGGAGUGGGAAAUCUUCGCAGUGUGCUCGGCUGCUGUCCUUUCUGCAAGGUAAAGGUUGCCAGGCCGAAGGGUGGCGGUUUCCUGAUAGAGGUACUAGUGUUGGGCAGAUGAUAUCCGCGUACCUUGCGAACGAGUCGGAACUUGACGAUAGGACAAUCCAUUUGCUCUUCAGUGCGAAUCGCUGGGAGAAAAGAGCUUUGAUGGAAAGAAAGCUACUUGGUGGAACUACUCUCAUUGUUGAUCGUUAUUCUUAUUCUGGAGUGGCAUUUUCAGCUGCCAAGGGACUUGACAUUGAGUGGUGCAAGGCUCCUGAAAAUGGACUUAUAGCCCCAGAUCUUGUAGUAUAUUUGGAUGUACAACCAGAGAAAGCAGCUGAAAGAGGAGGCUAUGGGGGUGAGAGAUAUGAAAAAAUUGAAUUCCAAAAGAAAGUUGGUGAGCAUUACCAUUCACUUCGUGAUUCAACAUGGAAGGUUGUUGAUGGCUCCCUUCCCAUGGAAGUUGUGGAAGAACAGCUGAAGGAACUAGCCAUGAGUUGCAUUCUGGAAUGCCAAAGCAAGCAACUUGCCAGUCUGGCCUGGUAGUGUAUCGAUAGCACCAUCCCUUGGUGCCAAUGCCACAUCAUUAUCGAUGGCCUGCUAGAGUUAUGCUUUAAGGAGAGCUUGCUGAUUUCUGUAUUCUAUGUGCACUUCUAUAGAGUGAUGUUUUGCGAGAACUUGUUCGCUGAUGUUCUGAUAGCCUUUUCGUAAUGUGAAUUAUGUGAGGUUCUGCUGUUCUUGUAAGCUUCUCAUAUACUCUGUUUGCCAAAUUUGAGUUCAUAAAAUGGUUUUGCAGUAA